AUGGCUCUCGGCAAGAUUCUGAUGGGCUGCGGCCUGCUGCUGAUGCUGUCCUCGCAGCAGAGCUUCGUGCCGGCAGCCUUCGGCAAGCAGGAAGCCCCUCGCCCAGAGCUCAGCACGGCGAGACCAAUGGACAUGGCGCAAGGCGUUGAGACCAGUGCACCCAGCAGUGCCAGCAGCAUCCUGCCGCUGGCUGGUGGGCUGGCUCUCGGUUUGGCGCUGGUGCUCCCUCAGAGGGCCAUGGCUGCCACCGGCAACGAUGAUAUCGGCACCCUCGUCGACCGCCUCUUCACCAAGGAGGCUUUGGGAGCAUUCGGCAUUGCCGGCCUCUCUUGGAACGUCCAGGACUUGUGCCGCAAAGCCGUGGAAGCCGCAGCAGCCGGGGAGGUCUGUCAAGUGAGUGGCUACUUGCACAAGCGCGGCUUCUUAGUGGGAGGUACGAAGCUGGCAAUGGAGGGCUUCCAGAAACUCGCCAAGUCUGCUAGAGCCAUGCAGGUUACGCUCUGCAAGUCUUCGCCUUUCCUGGCCUCGAUGCUUUCACGUUUGAGCAGAGAUGGCGGCGCCUCGAGGCUGGUCCGCUCGGAGCAGAGGGCGGCGGCGCCCCCAGCACUGGAUGUCACCAGCAUCGAGGACGACGCGAGGCUCAACGCGAUUGCCGGCAUGUCAGGCUCCUUCUCGGAAGGCCGCUUGACCCCACACAUCGGAUCCACGUCAGCAGAAGGAUCUCCAGAGCAGGUCCGCUCGGACGACUCUGCUCUGGCCGACUUGGUGGGUCCGAGGCGGACACCUCGCACGCCCGCGAGGCUUCUGGUGACGGACCAUGUGGUGCGGGUCGGUGAUGACUUCAAGCUGUCCAGGCUCAUAGGACCCCAGCAGGCAGACAGCGAUGAUGCCGCGCUGGCGUUGCAAGCAUGUUGUUUGGGGGCUGCACAGCAGGCAUGA